AUGACCACCUCGGAAUCUUCUGACAUUCCCCUCGUCAACAUUGGCAUCACAGACAUCAGAGAAGCUCAUCGCUUGUCGGAGCAGCAAGCCUGGCCUCACCGACCAGAGGAUUGGCAAUUCCUUCUCGAGACCAGUCAGGCUAUCGGGGCGGUCUGUGAUGGCAAGUUGGUGGGGACGGCCGUUCUGACGCCCUACGGGGAUGCCGCCGCGGUUUGCAACAUGAUCAUUGUCGACCAAGCCUUCCGCGGGCUAGGCUUGGGACGCAGAUUGGUCGAGCGACUGCUGACAACUGCCGGUAGUCGCGAAUGUCGGCUGGUCGCCACACUUUCCGGCCUGCCGCUGUAUGAGAAACUCGGCUUCGUCGCAACUGGCCAGAUCUGGCAGCACCAGGGCGUCGUCAAGGCCAUGCACACAACAGCGAAAGUGGUCGACGCAACGGCGACAGCGGAUCUCGCUGAUGUGAUCGCACUUGACACGGCUGCGCUCGGGCUGGACCGCACAGCCCUCAUGACGAAGCUGAUCGAGGAGAAACCAUUCGUUCUUGUGCGUGACGAGCACGGCCUCCGUGGCUUUGCUUCCUGCCGAUGCUUUGGCCGGGGUGUCAUCCUCGGGCCUAUUGUAGCGCGUGACGACGAGUCGUUCAGGACUCUUCUGGAAGCCUCGAUUGCGCGUCAUCAAGGAAGGUUCCUACGUGUCGAUCUCACCGAUGCCGCAUCGACCGGCAUCGCCUUGGUUAAGGAGGCCGGUCUGGUUGGGGUUGGUGGCGGCAUUGCCAUGACGCGGCCGGGUAGUCAGCGACCCAGCUCGGCAGCCGGGGCCUGCGUGUAUGCGCUCGCUAGUCAGGCCUUCUGUUGA